AUGAACAUUUUGCCGAAGAAAAAGUGGCAUGUACGAACUAAAGAAAAUGUGGCCCGGGUACUCAAAGAUGAAGAAAACGCUAGAUUGGAAGGGGAGAAAGAACAGGAACGAAUUCUUAAAGCAGAGAGUGAGUCUCGUCUUGCUUUGCUAAGGACACGGGCAACUUCUAAAUAUCAAGGUGAAGCUGCUGCUCACAAGUUGGAGCACAUAGAUUUGUUUUCAAACUUACAAAAUAAAACUCAGAACAAAGGUGCAUCUGAAGAGAAAGCUGAUGAACAAAAGAAUUGGGAAAUGAAAGUAGGAUAUUUAAAGCAACUAGGACAAGGCUCUAGUGAGCUAGCUGUUGAUAAACCAUGGUAUCAGAAAAAUCCAGACGAACUUAAACAUUUACAAAAAAGAAAGCAACGGUAUGACCCCAUUGAUUUAAUGGAUCCCCUUAAUGAAAUGAACAAAAGGAGAAAGGGUGUCGAUUAUGCAACACCCAUUCCAGCAGAGCCAGAAACAGUUUUUGUUGACAUUGAUUUUCAUGAUAAAGUUGUUGAGUUUUCUAAUGAACGUAAAAAACAUGGAAAGCUUGUUUCUAAAGAGAGUUCUAAUGUUAAUAAAAAGAAAGCCAAUAAAAAGAAAGCUAAAAAGAAAAAGAGACAUUCCUCCUCCAGCUCUGAUAAGGGUAAAUCAAAAUCAAUCUCACAGCUUCGUGAAGAAAGGCUUAAACGCGAGCAGGCAGAGCAUAUUACUGCUGAAAAACUGUUAAACCCUAAUUAUUCAAAAUCAGUUGAAACUCAUGACAAUGAUUUAGUUAAGCCAGUGAUGAAACAGAAGUAUAAUAGUCAGUUCAAUCCCACUUAUGUUAGAUCCAAUUAUAGUCACAACAGAAGAUAA